AUGACCACGACACCACCCCUCGCGACGGGUGCCAACCCUCCGAUUCCCGCCGAACAGCUCGCCGCACUUACAUCGCUGCUGUCGGGUCUCACCGCUGCCGCUUCCGGCACUGCCACACCCGCCACGACGUCCGGCACCACUCGCACUGCCUUUCCAAAGCACGCACGCUUGGAUGGUGCGAAGACCUUCGCGAACUGGACACGCCAACUUCGCCUGUGCCUAGCGGACGACAUCCGCUCGUACGUCCUCGACGGUAUCGCACCCGACGACUGGACACCUUCGCAACGCUCCGCUCGCGACGCCGUCGCUCGUGAGGUCCUUGCGAAUUCGAUUGACUCGGCCGAAGUCUCGGCAGUCCUCGACAAAAUCCCUACCGCCGACCUGACAGCGCCGACAAUCUACUCGACGCUGAAAUCGCGGUACGCCCCUGACGACGCCACCCGCACGCUCGAGCUCUUCUCACGACUCUGGGGUUUCCGUCCCAUGCCCGGCACGGUUGCCGAAUUCGACGGGUGGAUCAUGGACUUCAAAGCCGUUGCGCAAGAGAUCAUCGACACAAAGACAACUAUCAAUGAUGUUCUCGCCACACUCCUCCUUGCAAUCGCCCACCCGUCCCUCGAGAGCUUCAAGGCGUCGUUCACCGAUGAACAGCGCACGCAACGAACUCUCCCCGACAUUGAUUCGCUUGCCGACCGUAUGCGAGUCCAACUUCGGUCAACGAACAUCCCCAGCACUCAAUCGGCCCUUCUUGCCUCGUCGUCGUCACGUUCUACUCGUCUCAAGUGUCUCGCCUGUCGCAGCCCUUCGCACCGAGUCGCGGAGUGCCCUACGAGGGCGCAACACCCGCCGCCAGGACCCUGUCGCUCCUGCAAGAAGAAGGAUCACUGGUCUCUCGACUGCAAGAAGGCGCUCGAGGACGGCAAAAAGCCCGACACCGCUGACUCGACCGUCGACUCGCAACACCAUGUCGGAUGUCUCGCCACCGGUCUUCUCGCUCGUCGUCGCCAGCUUCGCAACCACUCUUUUGUCGUCGACUCGGGCGCCACUUCGCACAUGGUCUCGGACAAGUCGCUGUUCACGACCUAUCGCCAUAUCGCUCCUACGAAGAUUGGUGGUAUUGCAGGGGGCAUCAACGCCAUCGGAACGGGAAACAUCGCCUUCAUUGCCGCCUCGGGUCAUCCGAUCACGCUUACCGGCGUGCUGCACACUCCGGGCCUGUUUGUCAAUCUUCUCUCGGUCUCUCGACUUUGCGACACCGACGAUGUCCGUGUCGCCUUCACAAAACACGGCAUCCACAUUGACAAGGACGGCAACGACAUCGCUGAAGGCGCACGACUCGACGAAGGGCUCUACUUGCUGGACGCUGAUCAUUCCAAAUGUCAGCACCUUGCUCUCCUUUCUCGCUCACAGUCGUCCGUGCCCCUGCUGACUCUCCAUCGCUGCCUCGGCCAUCUCGCACCGUCCUCCAUACAGAAGAUGGUUGCCGCUGGUUUGCUGGAGGGUCUCAGGGCCGGAUAUAGUGACGAAGAGGUAGAGAAGUUUGUCUGCAAUGCUUGCCUCAGCGCAAAGGGCCAUCGUCUUCCCUUUCCCGAUUCGGAUUCGCACUCCUCAGAGAGACUCGGCCUUGUACACAGCGAUGUGCUUUCCUUCCCCGAGCGGUCCUUGACUGGCAAACGUUACCUGGUCACAUUCCUUGACGAUUACUCGCGCAAACUCUGGGCCUACGCAAUCGGACACAAAAGCGAAGUCUUCGGCAUAUUCAAAACUUGGCUAGCCGAGGUUGAACUCGAGACGGGUGCGACGCUGAAGGUCCUCCGAACCGACAACGGUGGCGAAUACUGUUCGAGAGCGUUCACAGAGUUCUGCAAGACACGAGGCACCCGUCGACAAUACUCUAUCCCACGCACGCCUCAACAGAACGGUCGUGCAGAGCGGGUCAAUCGUUCCAUUGUCGAAGGCGUCCUUGCCCUCCUUGUCGACGCCCACCUACCCAAGACAUUCUGGGAGGAGGCUGCAGCUUAUUUCGUUUACUGCAAGAACCUGUGUCAACACGCGGCCCUGGACAAGGCAACACCAAACUCCGUCUGGCAGGGUGACCACACCACUGCCUCGGCGCUUCACCCGUUCGGCUGUACAGCUUGGCUUACGGUCGCGCCCGAACUUCGCUCCAAACUCGACCCGAAGGCGGUUCGCGUUUUUUUCACCGGCUACGACCUGGCUUCAAAAGCCUUUCGCUUCUACGACACUACAACACAGAAGAUUAUACUUGGCAGAAAUGCCACGUUCCUCGACACUGAAUUCCCCGGAUUACAUGGCGACCCCACUGAGCAAGACGGCGACACGCACUUCGCCAGCGCUCCCACCACCGAAUCUCAAACCGUUGUCAAGACAUGGACCCCACUAGUAAGGUCGGCGCACAUGGACGUCUCAUCCCCCCUUGAUGAUUCUGCCAUGAGCGCCGUUGACGUGGCCCCAGGGUACACUGGCGGAACCUUACUUAACUUCACAGAUGCCGAAUCGUCCUCGUCACCGUCGCCUGCGUCGCCCUCAUCACCGUCGUCUGCGCCAUCGCCUGCACUUUCACCAUCGUCGGCUGCGUCAUCGUCACCCUCGGCCUUACCGACCGACUCUGAAGACUCCGCCGAUCCCCUCGACCUCCUCGGCUCACAGCCCCAGGUUCGCCUCGAUCUACAGGACGUGCACCACCCAGACUUCAGCACGUACCGCGAGCCCGCAUCGGCUGAGGAGUCGCCCGACGAACUCGACCUCAUUGGGCGCCACUCUCGCGACGAAUCUCCGGACGAAAUCGAUUUCCUCACCCGACACCACCGCGCCUUCAUCGCCAUCGACGACGACACCUCUGACACAGAGGCAAUUCAGCCAGUCAAGUCCAUCACGAGCGACCCACAGACCUGGCGCGAGGCGAUGUCUAGCGACAAGCGUGAAGUAUGGGCCAAAGCCGCCACCGACGAGUUCACCUCCAUGCGCGACGACUUCAAGGUCUUCACCAUCGAGGACCGAGCCACGGUGCCCGCGGGUGCGACUAUCGUUACAUCCAAGUUCGUCUGGAAAACGAAACGGAACGCACUCGGCGAAGUCACUGGACACAAGGCAAGGCUGGUCGCGCAAGGCAAUCGGCAACGCGACGGCAUCGACUUCAACGAAACGUUCGCACCGGUCGCACGCUUCUCCUCGAUACGCUCACUCCUCGCGCUGGCGGCCGCCAACGGCUUGCACGUGCACCAGGCGGACAUCGACAAAGCAUAUCUGCAUGGCGACCUUGACCACGACAUCUGGAUGACGGCACCGCGCGGCUUCGACCUUCCCAGCGACAAGGUGCUUCGCCUGCGACGCUCCAUCUACGGGCUCAAACAGGCUGGCCGAAUCUGGAAUCGACACAUCGACGCUUCGCUUCGGGCCCUCGGUUACACGGCGACGGGCACCGACCACUGCGUAUACUCUUGGCUCGAUGAUCGUCAAUGUCCACACUACAUCGCACUGUACGUCGACGACCUCCUGAUGAUCAGCCCGGAACUGGCCGAAAUCGAACGUGUCAUCUCAGGCCUGGACCAACGCUACGGAGUCAAGCGCCUCGGCCCGGCCGAGUAUAUCCUCGGCAUCCAGAUCAGGCGGUUCGACGACGGCUCUAUCGCCCUAUCCCAGGAACGGUACAUCAUGGACGUGCUCGCUCGGUUCCACUUCGACACCACGACUCGCGGCACUACAGUUCCGAUGACUCCCGGCCUUUCGCUCACUGCUAUCCCGGGUCAAGGCACCGAACGGAUCAGGUCAUGGUAUCUGCAGGCUAUCGGCUCGCUCCUCUACAUUUCGCUCGGUACCCGCCCUGACAUCGCCUUCGCCGUGUCCUACCUGGCCCGCUUCGCCAACAACCCCGGUCGUCGUCAUUGGAUUGCGGUCAAGCACAUCCUACGCUAUCUCCGGGCCACGUAUCGCAACGAACUCGUGUAUGCUCGCGGCCAGGCUCGCAUCACGGGUGUGGUAGGCUACUCCGACGCGAACUGGGGGGCCUGCAUCGACACAUCGGUGUCCACCAUGGGCUACGUCUUCUACAUCGCUGGCUCGGCCGUGUCCUGGUCGUCCAAACGCCAGUCUCGAGUUGCCGAUUCGACCACCGACGCUGAAUACCUCGCCCUCUCGCAUGCUGGCAAGGAAGGGAUUUACCUCAGUCAGCUGCUCGAAGAGCUCCAUGUACAACCUGUUGCACCGGCUCACAUCUUUACUGACAACGAAGCCGCUGCUGCAGUUGCUCACGAUCCUGUCCGCGUCUCUGGCACUCGGCACAUACGCUUGCGUGAGCACUUCGUUCGGGACAUGGUGAAUCGGGGCGACAUCUCUCUCUCGCAUGUGGGUACCAGCGACAUGGUGGCCGACAUCUUCACCAAGGCUCUCGGCCCAAAGGUCUUCUCAACGCACUGCUACGCCCUCGGCCUUCGCACUCGACACCCGCGGCUUGGGUCUGCCUCGCAUUCGCGUGGGGGGGGUGUGAAGAGUCCACUCUCAGCUCGACAGGGGCGCCUCGGUCGUUGCGCGCACUUGCUAGCCCGCCCCCGGCGGUGGGGACUUAGACGCGCGCGACUGCCUCAGCGCGCCAGCGCCGGCGGAUUCAUGCGCGCGCCCGCUAGCCCGCCCCCUUGCGGUGGGACUUAGGCGCGCCGGCGAUUUCACCCGCGGCUGACUUAGGGAUGUACAUUGUCACGCGCCUGGGACUAUCCCAGCGUGGCCCCCCCUUUCUGUUUCUUAGCUUCCUUCUCAUCACUUCUGUUCGACUCUCAACCUCUCCUGACAGUAGUGGUGAACGUCUCAUAGGUACGCUGAAAUAGAUCACUUCUGUUCGACUCUCAACCUCUCCUGACAGUAGUGGUGAACGUCUCAUUUUCGCCGAAUAAGAAUCCGAAUCGACAAAACACAACAAAGAAACAGUUCCGAGUUUUUUAAAAAAUCCCCCCCCUUCAAUUUCUUCAUGGCAGCCGUCCAAGUCCGACAUGGCGUAUUCGAUCAACUCUACUACGUCAGCGAUGUAGUUAUAGCCAAGAGUGAUCAAUGCAUUUCAACAUACCUAUUCGAUCAACUCUACUACGUCAGCGAUGUAGUUAUAGCCAAGAGUGAUGAAUAG